AUGGGUUUCACACUUAUCCACAGUCAUGCUGAACCCGUUGGCUCAGAGUCGCAGCACUCCCCAGAUAUUGGUCUCGUGACUGAUGAUACUGAGUCUGAACAUGACUUGGGCGAUCUGAACGUCGACCUCGGGGCUCUCGACACUGAGCGUGACCCUCAUGAGCUCCCCACGUUCAGUUCUAAAAGUCUCACAAACCCCCUAUGUAUCGUCCUCUAUCUACCUCCGCUACUUUCUUCUCUACCUCACGAGCUCGGGGUACUACUCCAUACAUCACUAGAACGGCAGCCGAUGCUCUCCGAGACCCGUUUGCCUGAUAUAGACCCCACAUCGCUGUCGUUGCACAAAGCUUUGCAUCGUUUCCAUCCGGCGACUCCGUAUUACGCCGAAGUGCCAUAUGACGAAGCGUUCAAUUGGACAGAGCUUGAACUUCCGGAAGACGAGGAGCGUGAGUGGUAUUGUGUUGUCUUUCGCAGCAAGCGAUUGCCUGGGAGCGACAGUGGAUCCCUCUAUGAUGCCGACAAGUUAGCUCACGAGGAGGCCGUGCUUAACGGUGGUCUUAUCAUGUAUUGGUAUGGUGUGCCAAAUCCAGAAACGGGCAUGAAUCUUGCAACGUGCAUCUGGCAGUCCCGGAAACAUGCAGUGGCCGCCAACUCGCGCCCGCACCACAUCCGUGCGAUGAAGCUUGCAGCCGCUUCAUACGAGAUAUAUACUUUGGAGCGAUACAAGCUGCGAAAGUCACGGGGAAACCGUGGGGUCACCAUUGAACCGUUUGACGGUGGUGAAGUUGGUUGGUAA